UAAUCUCAUUUACUCGAGCAUUAUUUUAACUGUGACUUUGACACAUUAACGAAGGAAUAAAAUUGUGCGAAAAGAAAAUAAAAGAAAGUGAAAAAAAAUGAUUAUUAAAUUGUUAACAAUAUGUCUGAUAUUUCAUAUAUCCGUUGCUGAUGACGAUUGUCCGAAAAUAUUAUCCAAGGCUGCAUGGGGAGGAAAGACCGAGAAAAGUAUAAAUUUUCUUAUAAUACCAAUAUUAUACGUAAUAAUACAUCAUACUGUAACACCUGAAUGUACAACACGUAAAGAAUGUUCAACAAGAGUACAAUCCAUUCAAUCUUAUCAUAUGGAUUCGUUAGGUUGGAACGAUAUUGCUUUUUCUUUUCUAAUCGGUGGCGAUGGUAAUAUUUACGAGGGUAGAGGAUGGACGAAGGAAGGUGCCCAUACUUAUGGAUAUAACAAAAAAUCUGUGGGCAUAGCAUUCAUUGGUAAUUUUGAAGAUAAAGAUGCAAGCGAUAAAAUGUUGAACGCGGCACACAAAUUGAUCAGAUGUGGUAUUUCUCAAGGUGUCUUACGUGAAAAUGUUCGUGUGAUCGCUGCUCGACAAAUACAAGCAACAGUGAGUCCUGGAUUUAAUUUGUACACACAAAUUCAAAAUUGGCCCGAAUGGGGUCAACCUUGACAUAAUCUAAAUAAUAUAUUCGACUAAUGAGUCAGAUUUUUUUAAAAUAUCAGUUAACUAAAAUGUCAUGUUAUUAAUGUUUCUUUUUAUUGUUUUUUAAUAUUUGAAUAAAAUGAAAUAUGUAGAUUAAAAGCUA